UGAAUCAAUAUGGCGGACGGUUUGCUUUCGUUGAUUGCCAAUGGUAGUAACGCCUUAUUUCUAGGGAUGGUCAAGAUUUUGUAAAGGAAAUGUGUGCAGAAAUGAUGGAUGUUAGUCGAGAUGAAGCCAAGCGGAUUCUCAGGAGGCUUGAGCUAGAGGCAUAUUCAUCCAUUAUCAGUGCUUUCAGGGCCCAGGGAGAGUUAAGUCGGGCUAAAAAGAAGAUCUUGCAAGAUCUUGGAACUCAGCUGAGUAUUUCAACUGAGCGUCACAGGGCUGAAGUCCGAAGAGCCUACAGUGAUGAUAGACUUGGCAUUGUGGCUGAGAGUAUUUAUGGUGCAGGCAGCUGUGCAGAAUGGGCAGCAGAGGGGAGAAGGCUUGUACCACUCAUGCCACGCCUUGUUCCACAAACAGUGUUCAGCUCCUCAGCAACUGCUGCUGCAAAUUCUGCAGCUGCAGCAAAUGCUAAACUUCCUGUUUCAUCAGCUAAUAAAGCUGGUAGUAGUUCAAGUGCAUCUGUUAACACAUCAUCUUCACUGACAAGCCAGCAAAAUAGUAAGACCACGGCAGCCGUAAAACAACCUCAGACAGGUGGAACUCCAUCAAAUGAUGCUGAUGCUUAUGAUGAUGAUGAUGGAAAGCCAAAGAGAAAAAGACGUUUAAGUGUGACGAGCCUCAACAAGCCAGUUACAAAAGUGACCAUCCCCACCCCCUCCCUGGUGUCAAAAGCUUUCACCAAACAGACCACAUCAGUGAGCACUAUGACUAAGUCUGGUAAAUCUCUUGGUCCAGCAGGGACAAUCAAAGCUGUCCCACGUACCACAAAUCUUCCUGCAUCAGCAGCACAAGUAAAACUUCUCACCAAGACAGUGGCAGUAUCCCAAACCAAGACAAUCCUGAGCUAUAAGGCAAUGACAUCGACAACAUCAUCACCUGCAAAGGUCCAAACAGCUGUGACACAGUCAUCACCAAAGACUCAAACAAAAACUGCAUCUGGAGUGCCUCCCAAGACAGUGCUUACUUCAAAAGCUCCAUUGUCCACUGCAGUGAAGAAUGUCUCAACAGGAGCUUCAAGUCCAGUAGCCACUGCGAGUCCUGCUGGACUGACACUUAAAACUGGUUUGACAGCAGCUCAGUUAGCAGCAAGACACAAAGUGAAACCUGCGGCUGCCAGAUUCAAACCUCUUCCAGGAACUGUGAAGUUCAAGUCAGUCACACCAGCUACUAUGGGAACCUGUUCCACAGUUACUAUGGUAACACCCAGUCCUAGUUCUCAAGCCUCCUCUACCUUACCUGUGUCAAACACACAGCCAGUUGUCCGUGUCAUUCAUGUUCCAGGAACUGGAGGUGUUGGUGGGAGUAAACCUGUUGUUGUCAUGACAACAGGUCUCAGUAAAACAACUGUCGCUGGUGUGGUUCCUGGAAGCAGUAGUCCUUCUAGUCUUACAAAGGCAACUUCUCAGGUGGUAACUCAAAGCACCUCAGUGAACAAAGCAGUAGUCACAACUGCUGGCACAGUCACAUCCCAAGCUCCAUCAAAAACUCAAGUGUCUAGUGCUGUUACUCAGUCAGUUUCGUCAGCAUCCAAAACAGUUGUUAUGACAACCUUAGUAGGUGGUGCAAAGAGAGUGGUUCUGUCUGUGCCAGCCCCUUUACAACCUGGUUCCAAUAUCGUUCCAUCCACAUCCUCUCAGGGGCUAGUGAUAACCAAGACACAAGGGAUCCCUCUGACUUCCUCAUCAGCCUCUCACUCUCAACCUGUUUCCAAGAAAGACGCCAAAACAUCACCAGCAUUAGCCACUGUCUGUCCUAAAUCAUCUCCAACACAGAUCGCACCCAGUCUGACAACUGCAACUGUCACUACACAGGUGAGAUCAAGACCCCUCCCUACUAUUCUUCCUGCUCCUCCAAAACCAUCAACUGUGGCUCCAACUGCUGUUUCCAAUUCGGGCAACAUUAGGAAGCUUCCAACUAUCUUACCAGCACCAGUUAAGAAUGUUCCAGCUGUUAUUCCAACUGUUCUGGUUCCUGUGGCUACUGGAGUAACUGCUCACACUGCAUCGCAGCUGCAGUCUUCAGUGCCAAUAGCUGUAAAUACAGCUGUCUCUCAGGGUGUAGCAGCUUCAGUUUUGCCUCCUGACAAAGAAGGGGAGCAGCCCUCCCCUGGAGUACCAGAAAGACAAGAUUGUGGUCUUGAUUCUACAGAUCAGAGUAAUGCAACCAUUGAAUCGCAAUGUUCAGACAUAGUGGAAAACUCUAAGACACAUGUUGCAGUGAGCUCCAAAUUGGCAGUGACAAAUGAAAAAAACGUUGUGACUGAAUGUGAUAACAAUACGUCAUCAGAGGAUGAUUCUCUUCUAAUCUGUUCUGAAACAAUUGACAAUGCAGGCUGCAACAUACCUGAGGUACCAUCAGCUACGGAGUUUUUCAAAAAUAUUGCUGAAAGCACACCUGUUAAAAAUCCAGUAGAUAAUGGUGCUGAGGAAAUGCCACAAACUGUGGAAGACUGCCAAGAAGCAGCUGUAGAUCCAGUAUCUUUACAAGAUGGUGGAGUCUCUCUCCUGGAUAUAGAUGGAUCAAAUGUGCAGAAAGUACCAACUAAAGACAUAGAGACAGCAGGAAAUUACGCUAAGAAAUCCAUGGAAAAUGUUACUGUUCAAAGAUUGGAUGAUUCUAGUGGAAUAUCUGAUUUAGUAAAAGAUUGUUUACCUGGAAAUAUAUAUUCAGAGUCUUCACAAGUGGAUAAUGAGGAUGAGAAUUCUUUUAAAUUUGACUUGGAGUCAGACAUUCAGUCAUCACUUCAAGGUGUUCAGGAAGAUGAUCAGAAUGUGACUGGGACAUCUGCAGAGGAUGGGCCUCCUGUGGAAAAUGCCCUUCAAAUAAUUGCAAGCUUUGUGGAAAGCAUGGAAGGAAGUUCAUUUGAAAAACAUGAAGAAGUAAAACAUACAACAACAAAUGAUCAUCAGCUUGAUGAUUCAUCAGGAUUUUUAAGUGAAUUACCAUCUUCUAGUCAGGAAACCCCCAUUCUUGUUCCCAGUGCAUUUACAUUGGAGGAAAAAACAAAAGACGCAACUGAACCAUCACCUACUGUGUCACACUCUGGAAAGAUCAUUGAUGAAGGACAAAGCCUGAGUGUUUUGUCACAAUCUGAAGAUGAUAGUUGGGAUGUUUCUGACGCACCCAUUGAUGUUUUGUCAACAUCCACAAGUAGUUCUAACAGUAUCCCUGAAAGCACAUUGGAGCUUACAGAGAAGGAAAUGAAAGCUCUUGAGGCUUUUGGUAGUGUUAGAACCAGUGGAAGGAAGAGAAAACCUCCUUCAUCCCUUGAUGUGUCACCACCAAGACAAAUUAGUGGCUGGGUGCGUGGUGCUCUCAGCGUCCUGCAGAAAGUUGCCAGCUAUCGUGGCCAAGGAAGACGGAAAGGUGAUUUCAGUGCUGCCACUUGGUUCCUCAAACCGGUGGACCCAGUUGAUGCACCUGGCUACUACAAAGUAAUAAAAACUCCCAUGGAUUUUGGAACGGUUAGAGUGAAACUAGAGUCUGGGAAAUACCAGGAGUACAGUGAAUUUCAUUCUGAUAUGCUGCUGGUGAAGUCAAACUGUUUAAAAUACAACCCUCCUGGCCAUCAUGUCCGACAGGACUGUGAGGAAGUGUUCAGGUUUUAUGAAGCAGAGUAUGCAAAAAUGUUAGAGAGAUGGGAAAAGUGUCAUGUAUCUCCUGCUAAAAAACCAAGACAAGCAUCAAAGACAGAAUUACCUGGCAGCAUGUAAAAGAUGAAUCGAUCAUUUUCCUCAAAUCAUCAAAUGUUGUCUUAAAAAAACUCAUGGAAGUUCCUGAAUUGUUCAUUUUACAAAGUCUAGCAGCAAAUUGUUGUAUAUAAAAUGUAAUUUUAUGACAUACUUAACUCUGUGUAUAAAAUACUUUUUAUGCCUUGUCUUGUUUAAGAUGUACAUUUGUUGAGUUUUCUGGUGGACAUGAUGCAUUUAAAGGUUAUGUUAUAUGACUGUUAACUGAUAAUAAAAAAAGAGUAUUCAGACAAAGGACUACCCAGUGUUGUCCACUCAGCCAGAAGUAGUAGUACUUGUCAUUAUGAUUGUCAAUAAUGUGAUUGAUAUCUGUGUAAGAGGGUUUUUUCUAUGUUGCCUCUCCAAUUGUGUUUAGUUUGCAUGUCAGUGAAAUGUACAGUAAUGCACCUUUUUAAAUACUUCAGAUUGUUGGUCUGCCCAAUGUUUGCCAUUUGUUAAGGCAAGUAAGUCUUCUUGCCCAUGACAAAAUUGGAGUGGCAUUGAUAAACACAUGUAUUAUGAAAAAGAGAGUAAUUCAUAGCCCAUAACAAGUGCCUAGUGAAGGUUUUAAAGGAGGUUCUUCUAAAAUUUUCUUUCAGUAUCAGCAGAGAUUUUUGACUGAACAUUGAUGCUACAGCAUGUUAUAUUACCUAGUUACACUGAGAAAGCAGGUAAAACAGUCUUCCGAGUAUUUUCAGGAUGUUGUUUGCGCAAAUUUCUUGAAAUGUGCUCACUUAUUGUAAGUUUCCUAAAUUUUGUACAUAAUUUGCCGACUUAUGACUUGAGGGGUUAGAUGUGGGAAAUCUUAUUAAAUAAAUACAGAAUUCUGUUUUGCACUGUUUAACCAGCAAUGAUUUUAGCAAUGAUGGUAUGUGUUGUUGAAUACAAACCGCUUCAUGCAACUCAUCAGCAUGUUGGUGUGUUCAAUGUAAAGGGAAACAAAAGAGCCAAUGUUGAAUGCUUUUCUGACAUUUCAUGUCUAAGCUUAGAGCAUUUCCACCUUUACCACUUUUGUCUAGAGAAGACAAAUCAGGUUCAGAUCACAAAAAAAUUCUCUUCUGGACUCUAAUUUCUAGGGGCAAUUUAGGGCAGUAAUAACAAUUAGUGUGUAUCCUUGGUUUCUGUGUCUUGAAGCUGUUAGGACAUUUCCUGCUCCUGGGUGGGAAUUUAGGUGUGGUACUCUUUGGAAUUCUCAAAAAGGACGUGCUGCCCAGUUUUCACAUUAUGACACAAUUUCAGACAAAAUUGGCUACCCUCACUUGGUUCUUAAAUUUUUUUUUUUCAAACAGUUACUCAGUGUAAGUAAUUCUAACCAAAUUCAAACUUUUGGGGCUUCACAUUAAUCAAAGUAAAAAAAUAUAAUGAAAUAAAUUCAUGCAAGCUUUGGGAUUGUUCACACUUUAUUUCAUGUCAGCCUCAGGCUUCAUUGUCACACUCUGAAAAAUAGUUUAGUUGUCCUUUAAAAAAAGUUGCAAAAAUUCAGCUUUAAAAAGAAAAUUAAUUCACUCA